CCAGGUGUUCAUCCCUGUGGAGUCAAACAUCAAUUGGAACUCCGAAAGCAGAGAGGCAGAGUCAGUCCGCCGUGGGCUUGCUUUGCCAAUUUUCAUUUUUGCCCUUGUUAUCUCGAACACGCUCCAGUUCCACAACCACCACCAGCACCACCACCGCCGGGUUUCAACUUUCCUUUUUCUUCUCUUUUUGAAUAAAAUUUUGGCAAUCCACCUGUACCUUCUACCUGUCAUGAACGUUGCUUUCUAUGUUUGCUGGAUAAGAAUUAGUAGAUUUCGCAGCUCUCUUUAUAUCCCUCCCUGACCUCUUUCCUUUACCUGCAUUGUCCAACCUCUGCACCUAACCUAACCCUAACACGACACUGUUCGACCUCUUCUCCUUCCUUUUCUUCACCACCUCGCCUCUCUACAAUCUCUCUUUUACAGUACUACAGAAUGGAAGAUACUGAAAUGCCGAGUCAAGAUCAAAAUUUGGCGGGUGGCUCUGAUGUCAACCUUGUUGAUGCCAGUGUUCAGGAGGAAGUAUCAACUGACAAGCUGGAGAAUCAAAAUGCCAGUGAAAAUGGGAAAACAUCUGCCGAGGAUAAGACUGACACAUUGCCAACUGAUGUUCCUAUGAGUGAGAAUCAAGUUGAACCCGAUAACAAAAAUGCUCUUGAUGCCAAUGCCAAUGUCAAUGAUGCUGUUAGUAAUAAAUUGCCUGAAAAGAAAAUCAACGUAGAUGCUACCAAUGUUCAUAACCAGCCGGAAACUGUUACUCCCCCUCCUCAGAGGAAGUAUUCGGCUCCUAGACCAAAGAAUGAGAGUGUUUCUAAGUCCAAGAGUGUGUGGACUGAUGUUGAGAUGGGAGAGGCUGAUGAAUCAGGCACCCCAGAGGAGAGAGCGGCGUUCAUGAGGGAGGUGGAAACUUUUUACAGGGACAAUGCCCUGGAAUUCAAGCCCCCUAAGUUUUAUGGAGAGCCAAUAAACUGCCUUAAGUUAUGGAAUGCUGUUAUCAGACUGGGUGGCUAUGAUGUGGUCACUGCUUCCAAGUUGUGGCGGCAAGUAGGAGAGUCUUUCCAUCCCCCUAAAACCUGCACAACAGUUUCUUGGACAUUCCGAAUAUUCUACGAGAAGGCACUUUUGGAAUAUGAAAAGCAUAAGAGGCAAAAUGGUGAGCUUCAACUCCCUGGUUCACCCCUGCAUCAGCCUUCUGUUGUAGAAAAGGAGGUGAGUGGCUACCAAGCACCAGGAUCUGGUAGGGCAAGAAGGGAUGCUGCAGCUCGUGCUAUGCAGGGUUGGCAUGCCCAACGUCUUCUUGGAUAUGGCGAGGUUAGUGAGCCAAUUAUUAAGGACAAGAGCCUCAAUUCUACACCAAGGCGUGAAAAACCCUUAAAAAGCAUUGGUCUGCAUAAACAGAAGACUAACCUGGAGCAUUCCGAAAUAACUGCAAAUAUUGAAACAGAUAAAGAACUGGAUAUAGAAAUUGUUGAUGUUGGACCCCCUGCUGAUUGGGUGAAGAUCAAUGUGCGGGAAUCUAAAGAUUGCUUUGAGGUUUAUGCUCUAGUCCCUGGGCUUCUGCGAGAGGAGGUGCGAGUUCAAUCAGAUCCUGCUGGACGCCUGGUUAUAACAGGUCAACCUGAGCAGCUUGACAAUCCCUGGGGCAUAACACCCUUCAAGAAGGUCAUAAGCUUACCUUCAAGAAUUGAUCCACUUCAGACGUCUGCUGUUGUUAGCCUUCAUGGCCGACUCUAUGUUCGUGUUCCUUUUGACCGAGUAUCGGCUUGAGUUUCUUGUUUCUGUGAGCCUGAUAAACAUCUUCAAGGGUAAACAUUUUAAAUCGUUGGCAGAGACAGAAAGAAGGUCAAAAUUGCAAUGAGGGCAUUGUGAGACAUUUGUUUCUUUGUUAAAUAGUUCAAACCACCAGACUUUGUAGAAGCCAUUCAUCUUAUUUGCAAUUUACAUAUUAGUUUCAGAAGAUACUUUUAAUUAUUAAAGUUGAAGCAUGUGUAAGUUUACGAGUAA